AUGGAUAAGGCAUCGGUCUCCUAAACCGGGGAUUGCGGGUUCGAGUCCCGCCAGGGGUACUUUUUGUUUUUCAAUUUAAAAAUUUCAUCUCAAAGUUUAAAUUAACUUAUAAUUCAAUUUCCAGGUUACAAAAAUGAAGAACAGCUAAAAGAUUAAAAGAAACUUACUUUUUAUUUCAAUAAAAAUAGAUCAGAUUCAAUUUUGUAGUAGAAGAGCAGGUUGAAAUUCUACAACAAAAAGCAGGAUAUUGUUUGAUCUUAAACAAUAAAAAAACUCAUCGAGGAAAAGCUGAAUUUUAAAUUCAAAUCACCAAUAUUUAAUAUUUUCCUGAUUCCUGAUAUUGAUCUUAUUAUAAUUUAACUCAUACAUUUUCAUGCAAUGUUUUCAUUUUUACUUUUACUUUUUUAAAUUUAAUUCUCUUAAAAAUGAUGCGAUCUGAAGGAAUAAUGAAUAAUGCACACAAACCCACACUAAGCAUCCGGUUGAGAAAAGAAAAAAAAAUUAACAAAAGCAGUUUGAAUAGUUUUAAAUUUGGGACACACCGGCAAUGAGUCAAUACUGUGAUCAGCAUACAAAAUAGCAGUAAAAACUUAGGAAGUGUGUUAGGAGAACGCCUCUCUCAAUAUGCAGCCGUCUUCGAGUGGCUAAAAAACAAGAAGUGAGUAAGGCACAUGGCUGCAUAAUGUGCGGAGAAAGCAUAUUGGAGAAAGCUGCGAGCAAUGAGAGGGAAAGUGUUUUUUUUUCGUAGUGUUUCCUUUGGCGCUGAGAUAACUCGACCUGGAGACACACUAGUGCUCCUCCACUUUUAGUCCAAGUCGUUUGGCUGCGAGGCGCGGCGGCUCCCGUCGCACUCGAUUUUUUUUCACUUGCAUUGCAGCUCAUGUGCUCGGCCCUCGAGCAUGGAGGCAGCUGAGGAGGCGUGCGGGAAGACCCUUGGUCUGACUUUGACCAAUUCAGGCAACCCUUCGUUUGGAUUUACCCUCAGCAGGUCGAAGGUCGAGCCGUAUCCUAAGGUUGACUAUGUCGAAUCAGAGAGUGCGGCGGACAAGGGCGGACUGAAUCAAGGCGACGUUGUUUUUGAAAUCAACGGUCGUGGACUUUUGGGCUGUUCUCUGGACUGCGUUCUGAAGAUAAUAGCAACGUCGGUGCACAAACUAGAGCUGACCCUGUGGCGACCCAAGGACUACCAUCCUGACCUAGACCUUGCGAAGACUUUGAUUAAAGUGGCGCAAUUGUUGUCCUGUCCAAUUUGUUUGCGAGAAGUGGCCCUCCAGCCGCGGCAAUGCAGGAACGGCCACCUGAUGUGCGCCAAGUGCGCAGUGCGGUCACCGAAAGGUUGCUGUCCCCUGUGCAGAGUGUUCCUCGGCAGGCCGGCGAACAACAGGUUGGCCCUUCCGGGGGCUCGAUGUCUGCUGGCUGAAAAAAUGGUGGCUGUGAUGCGAACCGACGGCGAGGAAUUGAAAUCCAAGGCCGUCGACGAAAGCAACAACACAAACGCAGAACGAGAAAACUCACUUAACAGAAAUGCAUCAAUGUGCAAAAAAGCGCUGGCAACAGCUGAGGAGAACUCGAGCAAAUCGUCCACCGGAAAGUUGCACAUGGUCGCCAGGAUUGUGAGGGCCUUGCGCUGAAUUUACGAUCAACACACUGCUCGUUUUGUUGUAUAAUAAUAAGUUCACAUGCCUCAUUUACUCGUGUGGAUGGAUGGGUGUGUAUAAACUACUGUACACACACCGACUGCAAUAUUUAGAAUUAUGGCUCUAGUGCGGCGUGCAAAACACAAACAAGUGUAGUUACGCGCUGGCGUACAUUUGUUCGUUUGUUAUAUACUUAUGCACUGUCACCGUGUGCUAUUUUGUUGUUAAUAUUAUAUUCGUCCUGCAUCAUGUGCCAUUGUGGAGACUUCAUUUAAUUAAUCAUGAAUUUGUUUUCUGUUUGCUUUACUCACUAUUUCUAUAUAAAAGUGAGAGAGAUUAAAAAAAAUUUUGGAAGUUUUUUUUUAUAAAAUUUUAAAUUCAAGCCGAGCUUGGAAAAAAACAACAAUAGGCACAUAUUUGCUUAUUUUGUGGACUCACGUGAAUUUUCUUGGAAACCUUGAGCACAGCUGGAGAGUGAUUUGUGCGCUAAUUGUUGAACUCCUUAAGUGCACAUGUACAUUAACGUUUGUUCUAUAUGGAGAAAGAAGCACUUCCUAUAUACCCAAUUAAGAUUAUUUUUGUUGGAGGAAUGAAUUAAAAUAAAACGAAAUGUAAUAUAAAUG